GUAAGCUAUCUCUGCAUCAAACUCUCCAUUCUUCAAUUAUUCUAAUCUCUCUCUCUCUUCCAACCCCAUCAUACGCAUCUUGCAUUAACUCCCACUCAUAUUCUCUCUCUCCUUCCCAAUCAUCAACAUUAAUAACAAACGUUUGCGGCCAACUCUCCCUUGUACCUACUGCUUGUUGUGUCCUUUAAUCAUCAUCAUCAUCUUCUUCUUCUUCCAAGCUAUAAUGGCUCUCGAAUCAUGGUUAAUCAAGGUUAAAACAGCUCUAUCCAACGGCUUUGACUCCGUUCGAUCCCUACCCCCCAACGGGAAACCCCUCAUCAUCAAGAAAUCCAACGUUGGAGUCCUCGCCUUCGAGAUCGCCGCCCUCAUGUCCAAGCUCAUCCAUUUAUGGCAAUGCCUUUCUGACAAAAACGUUAUCCGUCUUAAGAACGAAGCCAUAUGCCUAGAAGGUGUUCGUAAAAUUGUCUCAAACGACGAUUCUUUCCUUCUCGGCCUUGCCUGCGCUGAAAUGGUCGACAAUCUCGGCUUACUCGCCCGAUCCGCUUCCCGGUUCAGCUCCCGCUGCGUUGAUCCAUCUCUCAGUAACUUCGAUCGGCUAUUUCAUCUCUUUGCUGACAUGGGUUUGGAUCCUCACAACUGGGUUAUUCUUUCCGCCAAAGAAACCGACGCUAAAGUAAAGAAAAUCGAUCGUUUAAUCGCCUCAACCGCUACCCUUCACAAAGAGAUGGAUAUGCUUACAACACUUGAAACUGCUUUAAAGAAGUUGAUUCAUUCCAAAGACAAUGACAAAUCGGUGAAGGAACAGAGGAUUAUUGAUCUCAAACAGAGGAUUAUAUGGCAGAGGCAGGAGAUUAAGCUUUUAAAAGAUAAAUCUUUAUGGAAUAGAAGCUACGACACUGUCAAUUCGUUUCUCGUCAGAUUGAUUUUCACAAUCCUGUCUAGAAUCAAAAACGUAUUCGGUGUCGGAGUCGGACAUACCCUUCCUCCCGGCUCUCUUCACCGGAGCCUCUCUGCCUCCGCCACCGUGUACCCGUCGGAAAAUCAAGAUAACUGCAACUUCGUACCAGGGCCGCUGAUCACGAUGAGCCCAUCUUAUAAGAUUCACGAUGAUCGUAGCCCUGGAUUUAUCGAGAUGAAUUCAAAGGCGUUGAGGGCUCCAUCGAGUACUCUAGGAGCAGCAGCUCUACCUCUGCACUACGCAAACUUGAUCAUAGUAAUGGAGAAGAUGAUAAAAUCACCUCAGCUAGUUGGAAUGGACGCUAGAGAUGAUCUGUACUCAAUGCUCCCGAGUAGCAUACGAUCGUCCCUCAGGACGCGGUUAAAAGGUGUGGGUUUCUCGGCUAGUGAUCCAUGUCUGGCCGGAGAGUGGAGAGACGCGCUGGGGAAGAUACUGGGAUGGCUUUCGCCGUUGGCACAUAAUAUGAUAAAGUGGCAAAGCGAGAGAAGCUUUGAACAACAGCAUAUGAUUCAAAAGACCAGCGUUCUUCUAUUGCAAACGUUGUUCUUCGCGAACAAGGACAAGACUGAAGCUGCCAUUACUGAAUUAUUGGUGGGUUUGAAUUACAUAUGGAGGUUCGAUAGGGAAAUGAAUGCUAAGGCCUUGAUCGAGUGUUAUAAAAGCAUCAACUGAAAUCAUUCAUUUUUUUGCUCAUCUACAGUCUUCUACAUGCAAAUGCAAUCUAUAUAUACUAUAAUGUCUUCUAGUUCUUCUUGCUUCUAUCGAUCAGAUGAACUCAACCCACUUGGAUCUGAGAGAAAGCUUCUAAUUCCUUUCUUCUUAAUUUUUUUUUUUUUUGUCUUCCCAGUGAUCCUUUAAUGUAAAUGAUUCAAAGUAGUAAUAGUAUAAAAAAUGUUGAGAAUUAUCGAAGCUUUAAUUAAAUAAUAAGUUUUAUGCUUUCUUCUA